AUGGAAACAAAUCAAACAGAGUCAGUUGCAAGUAAAGUCCUGGAAAACUCUAGAAAUAUACUUUUUGGCAUAGCUAACGAAUCAACAAAAACAAAAAUACUAUUAAUAACAUUUGGCGCUCUAGCAGUGAUUAUUUUUAUAAUGAUUAUAAUGUAUGGAAGAAUAAAAUGGCAGUCCAGUCAUAUAGAUUUUCUAACAAAUAAUAUAAUUGAAAAACAUAUAAAAAAUAAUGACGAUUUAAUACGAGAUAUACAAAAUCUUAAAAAUGAAAAAGAUAGAGAAAUAAGAGUGUAUAAAGAUAACAUAGAGAGAUUGGAAAAAGAAAAUAUAAGGCUUAGAGAUGAAAAAGAUGGAGAAAUAACAAUAUAUAAAAUUACCAUAGAUAGAUUGAAAAAAGAACUAGAGUUUGAAAAACAAAAUCAGAAUAAAACAACAGGGUUUCAAAAUCAAGGCCAAAGUAACAUACUGGAGUUUGAAAAUAAAAGACUCAAAGAAGAUAAAUCAGAGCUUCUUAAGAGAUAUAAAGAAGUCUGUUCAAAUUAUACAAAUUUGCUAACUGAGAAACAAGAACUAAAAAGAGCUUUAAAACUCAUGAAGGAAGAUUAUAACGAGCUACAACACAAACAUUUUAAUAAUGAAGACUACUCUUCUAAAGUGCACGGAAGUUUGACAGAACAUAUAGAAGAUCUGAAGAAAAUGCAUAAAGAAGAAAUGGGAAUACUUGAACAACAGAAUAUGAAACUUGAAAAGAAAGUUAAAGACUUGGAGUAUAAGCUAUCCGAAGAAGCAAAGGAAGAGAAAGAAGAUGUUGAAAUUGCCGAGGAAGCAGAACAAUAA